GGUGGCAGCGGCCUGAAGAGCCCCGCGGGGAGAGCGGGCGGCGUUGGUGGUGGUGGGGGUAGUUGUGGCGGUUUGGCGUGUCGCUGGGCGGCCGUGAUCGCGCGCCACGAUGCCUGCGGUAUCGAAGGGCGAUGGGAUGCGGGGUCUGGCGGUCUUCAUCUCCGACAUCCGGAACUGCAAAAGUAAAGAAGCAGAGAUAAAGAGGAUAAAUAAAGAACUAGCAAACAUUCGGUCAAAAUUUAAAGGUGACAAGGCUCUGGAUGGUUACAGUAAGAAAAAAUACGUAUGCAAACUGCUUUUCAUUUUUCUCUUGGGGCAUGACAUUGACUUUGGUCACAUGGAGGCUGUAAACCUUCUCAGUUCCAAUCGAUACACAGAGAAGCAAAUUGGAUAUCUCUUCAUCUCUGUACUAGUGAACUCUAACAGUGAGCUGAUUCGCUUAAUAAACAAUGCGAUCAAGAAUGACCUGGCCAGCCGCAAUCCCACCUUCAUGGGGCUCGCUCUGCAUUGCAUUGCUAAUGUUGGUAGCCGGGAGAUGGCGGAAGCGUUUGCUGGAGAAAUUCCAAAAAUACUUGUAGCUGGAGAUACUAUGGAUAGCGUGAAGCAGAGUGCUGCCUUAUGCUUGCUGCGUUUAUAUAGAACUUCUCCUGACCUUGUCCCAAUGGGAGACUGGACGUCUAGAGUGGUACAUCUCCUCAAUGACCAGCACUUGGGUGUGGUUACUGCAGCUACAAGUCUGAUUACCACUUUGGCACAGAAGAACCCAGAAGAGUUUAAAACUUCCGUCUCCUUGGCAGUGUCUAGAUUAAGCAGAAUUGUAACUUCUGCAUCAACAGAUCUUCAGGACUAUACAUACUACUUUGUUCCUGCUCCUUGGUUAUCUGUGAAACUUCUGAGGCUGUUACAGUGCUACCCACCUCCAGAAGACCCUGCGGUACGUGGUCGUCUAACAGAAUGCCUGGAAACUAUUCUUAACAAAGCGCAGGAGCCACCUAAGUCAAAAAAAGUACAACACUCAAAUGCAAAGAAUGCUGUGCUGUUUGAGGCAAUAAGCUUAAUUAUACAUCAUGACAGUGAGCCAAAUCUACUAGUCCGUGCCUGUAACCAGCUAGGUCAAUUCUUGCAGCACCGAGAAACUAAUUUGCGUUACCUAGCACUGGAAAGCAUGUGCACGCUUGCCAGCUCUGAAUUCUCACAUGAGGCUGUGAAAACACACAUAGAAACAGUUAUCAAUGCAUUGAAGACUGAAAGAGAUGUAAGUGUACGACAAAGAGCGGUAGAUCUCCUGUAUGCAAUGUGUGACCGAAGCAAUGCCCAACAGAUUGUGGCUGAAAUGCUGAAUUACUUGGAGACUGCUGAUUAUUCCAUUAGAGAAGAAAUUGUUCUGAAAGUUGCAAUUCUAGCUGAGAAAUAUGCAGUGGAUUAUACCUGGUAUGUGGACACAAUUUUGAAUCUGAUUCGCAUUGCUGGUGACUACGUCAGUGAGGAAGUGUGGUACCGAGUAAUUCAGAUUGUCAUCAACAGGGAUGAUGUUCAAGGGUAUGCAGCAAAGACUGUUUUUGAGGCCCUUCAAGCUCCAGCAUGCCAUGAGAAUCUUGUAAAAGUAGGUGGCUACAUCUUGGGAGAAUUUGGAAAUCUAAUAGCAGGUGAUCCAAGAUCAAGCCCCCUCAUCCAGUUCAACUUGUUACAUUCCAAGUUCCAUCUGUGUAGUGUUCCUACCCGAGCUCUGCUUCUGUCUACCUACAUCAAGUUUGUGAACCUGUUUCCAGAAAUCAAAACUACAAUUCAAGAUGUACUGCGCAGUGACAGUCAGCUAAAGAAUGCUGAUGUUGAGCUGCAGCAGAGAGCUGUCGAGUAUUUGAGGCUCAGUACUAUUGCCAGUACUGAUAUAUUGGCUACAGUGCUGGAAGAAAUGCCUCCCUUUCCAGAGAGGGAAUCUUCUAUUUUGGCUAAACUCAAGAAGAAGAAAGGCCCAGGCACAGUUACUGACCUGGAAGAGAUCAAAAAGGAGAGGAGUUCUGAUAUCAAUGGAAGUGCUGAACCUGCCUCUGUCAAUGCCAGUGCUGUUUCCACUCCUUCUCCAUCUGCGGAUCUGCUGGGUCUGGGUGCCGCACCUCUCACCAACUCAGCUCCCCCACCCACCUCUAGUGGUAGCCUGCUGGUGGAUGUGUUCUCAGAUUCAGCUUCUGCUGUUGCACCUCUUGCUCCUGGUUCUGAUGACAACUUUGCAAGCCCUGACCUGGCUUCAUCUGAGGUAGUUUCUGAGGAACCAGCUGAUACUGUGCAUGAUGCUGAUGAGCUUUUUCACAAGUUUGUGUGUAAAAAUAAUGGAGUCUUAUUUGAAAACCAAUUGCUACAAAUUGGACUGAAAUCUGAAUUUCGACAGAACCUGGGACGUAUGUUCAUAUUUUAUGGUAAUAAGACAUCAACACAGUUCUUGAAUUUUACUCCAACAGUCAUUUGCUCAGAUGAUCUGCAGUCAAGCCUGAAUCUUCAGACAAAACCUGUUGACCCCACAGUGGAUGGAGGUGCACAGGUUCAACAGGUUGUGAAUAUUGAAUGUGUGUCAGACUUCAUGGAAGCUCCAAUCCUGAACAUCCAAUUCAGGUAUGGUGGGACAUUUCAGAACCUUUCUGUAAAACUACCCAUCACGCUGAAUAAAUUCUUCCAGCCAACAGAGAUGUCUUCUCAAGACUUUUUUCAGCGUUGGAAGCAGCUGAGCAAUCCAAAACAAGAAGUACAGAAUAUCUUUAAAGCAAAGCACCCAAUGGAUGCAGAGAUCACAAAAGCAAAGAUAAUUGGCUUUGGAUCAGCCCUACUUGAGGAGGUAGAUCCCAAUCCUGCUAACUUUGUUGGUGCUGGCAUAAUACAUACAAAAACUACUCAGAUUGGAUGCUUGCUGCGCCUUGAACCCAAUCUCCAGGCACAGAUGUAUAGGCUCACACUACGAACCAGCAAAGAAGCUGUAUCUCAGAGAUUAUGUGAACUACUGUCAGAACAGUUUUAAUAUUAACCAUGUCAGUUUGGGUUUUUUCCAUUUAUAUCACUGUCAUCAUACUGCAAAUAAAUGUCUUGUACAUCA